GUGCCUCAUCUCUGGAGUGAGAUUAGGAAGAGAAGAUGAACACUUCCCUGGAUUAUCUGGCCUACCCUGUAAUCGUCUCUAAUCACAGGCAAACUACAACCUUCAGGAAGAAACUGGACUUGUGCCACUACAUAUUUCACAAGAAUAGAAUACAAAUAGUGAAGCCUACGGUUGAUACCAAACCUCCAGCAGCGCAUAUACAUCACGUUUUAAAUUUGAGCAAACUACAGGGUGAACAAAAGAGGAUCGACAAAAUCGAAUACGAAAACAAGCAACUGUGUCAGAAAAUCGCCAAUGCCCACCGCGGCCCCGCCCAGGUAGAUUGCUGGAACGAAUACUUUUCCAAGAGAAUUCGAGGCGCUAUAUCAGAAACACAACAAAAUAUCUUCUCUCCGAAGAUGGCUAGGUUACUCACCACGGAAAAGAUACAGGAGAAGGCCCUAGGAUUUCUUAGCUGCUUGGAAUCUCAAGACAUUCAUGAGUGGCCAAAUGCUCAAUCUUAGGGUGCUACAAUAAAGCUUGGAACAUAA